CUCCUUGUAUGUCGGAUCUCUCCCUCUUGACCACUCCAAGUCAGCGCUCAUGGUCAGUCGAAAUGGGUCACCCUCCCCUGAAAAAGACACGUCCAACGGCUAGCUUCUUUGGGCCCAACAGUCAGAGCACCGCCUCAGUAUGGAAGCCAGUGAUGCAGUCAAUGACUUUCGCAUACUCCUAACAUCUGAUUCCUCUGUAUCGCCUCUCUUCAACCGUCAUGUCUUUGUGCAAACUCUGUAACAGUCUAUCUAUAGCGAGAUUGUACCCACCAAACGUCUAUCCUCAUGCCGAAAACCUAGCUGCACUAGAGGCUUCCGCAAACGACUGUCGACUUUGCAAAAUGAUACACUGGUGUAUAGAGCGGGGCGGUGAGCGCGAACACCACCCCCAAUUGAACUUCGAAGGCGCCUCCGACGAGCCGCCAUCUUAUGGUGAGCACGAGGCGCGCGACAAGUGCGCUGUUAAGCUACAGAUUAUCCCAGGUCAUUGGAAUGCAAUAAAACCUCAAAAGGGCUUCACGCAUGUGGGCAUCUGGCUCAUAUCAAAGUGGAUGACGGCUGAUUUGACCCUGUCUGUGGAAGAAGGCGAUGAACUGGGAAUGAAGACCGCUAUAGCCGGCGAGCAGAACUCCUUCAUAUCUGGCCGUGUGUUGGUGAACGAGACUCCUCCACAGGCCCACUUCGACGUCGCCAAACGCUGGCUCGACCAUUGCGAAGCCAAUCACAGCGAAUGCGCCGGUCAUAAUUCCAGGUUGGCAGAGCUACCAUCGAGAGUGAUAUGUGUGGCUGAAGAAGGCCAGGAUCCCCACUUGGUGAGUGGGAAUGGUGAACGCGCGCGCUACGCUACCCUCAGUCAUUGUUGGGGUCGGUCCACAGCAACAAUCACGACAACGGAAAGCCUGCGAAAACGACAGGAUAGCAUACCCCUUGAAACAAUUCCGAAGACAUUCAAGGAUGCUAUUUUAGUUUGCCGCAAACUCGGGAUGCCGUAUCUAUGGAUAGAUAGUCUUUGCAUAAUACAGGAUGACAAAGACGAUUGGGAGCGUGAAUCUGGUCAUAUGGGCUCUAUUUACUACGACAGUACCCUUACGAUCGCUGCUACCGACUCACCAGACUCCUCAAGGGGGCUAUUUAUCCCAAGACGUCCGUACGAAUACUGCUAUUAUGACAUAGUAAGGCUGCCAUCCUCCUUCGGAGACCAUAAGGGCCAAGCUUAUCUCACUGCAUCCACCUGGGGCGUGUAUGGCCCACCAGCUAGUAAUGUCGAGAAUGGCAUUUUGCAAACCAGGGGCUGGGUAAUGCAGGAGAAAUAUUUGGCACGAAGAACUCUGCACUUCUUGGCUGGGCAGAUGGUUUGGAUAUGCUGUGAGAGGAUCCUCGGGCAGAGCGGCUUCAAUGAGUCUCUCAAGAACUCUUGGAGAAAGUCUCCCCGUAUGCAAAUGAAAGCUUUUGCCAUGGGGUUUGAGCGGUCGUACAGAUUCGCGGACCUUGGUGAAGACCGCAGUGACUAUGAUGAGUCCGAUGGCGAGGACGAAAGCAACGCUGUGAAGGCUGAGGACCACAGCCCAGAUGAGAAGGGCGUGGAAGAAGACUCUGAAAUGACCUCGGAACCAUCACACUUCGUUACGAUAUUAAGCUCUCCCGAGCACGGCCGUGCCUCCUAUACCGUCGACCUACGUGACCCUCAAUACCAAAACAAUUCCCCGCUCACCAUCAUCACGCGUCAAAUUGACAACGAACUCUACAACUUCCUCGAUGCCGCAACACGCCAAACCAUUUACCACGUAUGGUACUCUGCAGUCGCAGCCUACAGCGAGCGACGACUGACCUUCGCGUCCGACAAAUUACCCGCUUUAGCUGGUAUAGCGUCCCGCGUUCAAGCAAUCACACAUGAUCAGUAUCUUGCGGGUCACUGGUGCAGGGAACUUGAACGCAGUCUGUUCUGGCAGACCAGUACGGAGCCUGAUACGUGGACGCCUGCCCGAGUGAAGAAGUAUAGAGCACCGUCCUGGAGCUGGGCAAGCAUAGAUGGGUCCACGUCGUUCGAUUUUGCGGAUCUGGCGCCGGGUGAGGACCGUCCGGCGUCGGUGGAGGUACUAGACGCCAGCACCAAAAUUGAAGGCUCCAACCCCUUUGGCUGUAUUACAAGCGGGAAGAUAAUCAUUAGAGCUAGUGUUGUCAGGGCUACGUGGAACGCAGAGAAUGAUGGCUGGAUGUUGAACGGUACAUUCGCAGGCCCUGUUGAAACACAACACGGAGACCUUAAAUUCUUAAGCCGCAAUGGCCCCAGCGCGCAAAUCGCGGGUACAUGGCACUACGACGACGUUUUGAACGGCAUCAUGCCCGGUCCGCCGCUCACACCGUCUGACUCAUGGGAUUCAGUUAUCCUACCACGGCGUGUGCCAAAUGGCCACUUCAUGUCCACGGCACAUAAAAACAAACAAGUUCACGGCGAGGACUUGAUGGAGACGCCCUUUUGGAAGAGGGGCACGUACGUGCCCGAGGAAUUGGUGCUAGUCAAGGGCUCUGUGAGAAAAAUUGAGGAAUACUAUUGUGAAGAGUGGGGUGAGACCAAAGUAGAGGUUUUAGUAUUGGCUAAGGCUGGGAGAGAGGGAGGGGAGAGCACGUUUCGGAGGGUUGGGGUGGGUUUUUUUGGAAGUUGGGAUGCGGAAGCUGAAAGUGUGGAAGUUUUGACCGUGGUGUGAGUAGGAGCGUUCUGGUUCUCACAGUUUCGAGCGCACUGUAAAAUGAUGAGAUUGAGGUUCACGGAUCGAAUCGAUAUUAGUCCCGAAGAAUGAGUAGGAUAUAACUCAAAGUUCCACGCUAGAGCAAUGCUCGCUGAGUGUCCUUGGAUCGUGUAGGUGUGCGUUCUAUUUUACAUUUAUGUAGUUUAAUAUAUGUCUCGACUGUAUUAUAGAGUUUUGAUAUAUCACGAAUAGUUAUCACAUAAAAAGUAAGCUACU